AUGUGCAGGCAGUUACUUCAAUUGGAAUGGGGUCCUGAAGAAUAUGAAGAGGAUCCAAGUCCCGCAGAAUUUGAGGACGAUCCAGAAAUGGACCUCGAAGAAUUUGAUGAGGAUCCAGAAAUGGAUCUUGAAGAUUUUGAGGAGGAACCAAGUCCCGCAGAAUUUGAGGACGAUCCGGAAAUGGACCUCGAAGAAUUAGAUGAGAAUCUAGAAAUGGAUCCUGAAGAUUUUGAGGAGGAACCAAAACAUCUUAGGAAGAUAACAUUCCAGCUAUGUGAUGAUUCUAAAGGGCACAUCUCAUAUUCAAAGAUGUGCAGGCAGUUACUUCAAUUGGAAUGGGGUCCUGAAGAAUAUGAAGAGGAUCCAAGUCCCGCAGAAUUUGAGGACGAUCCAGAAAUGGACCUCGAAGAAUUUGAUGAGGAUCCAAAAAUGGAUCUUGAAGAUUUUGAGGAGGAACCAAGUCCCGCAGAAUCUGAGGACGAUCCGGAAAUGGACCUCGAAGAAUUUGAUGAGAAUCUAGAAAUGGAUCCUGAAGAUUUUGAGGAGGAUUCUAAGAUGGAUCCUGAGGAGGAUCUAGAGAUGGAUCUCGAAGAAUCAGAGGAGGAUCCUGAAGAGUGCGUAGAAGAUUCAGCCACCCAUCAUUGA